AUGGGGUUGAAAUCUUUGUUCAAAAUCAAGAAAAAAGGUGUCCCUAGUGCAAAUCCUUUCGUUGUCAACAAUAAUCCAAUGCCUGUGAAUUUAUCGAGAGUAUCCUCGAUAGAUUCACGUGCAAGGAUCGAGGAGGAACUAGAACAAGUGUUCAAAAAAUUCGACAUGAAUGGUGAUGGAAAGAUAUGUUCAUCGGAAUUAGGGUCCAUCAUGGCUAGCCUCGGGAACCCCACCACGGAGGAGGAGUUGGUCAACAUGAUACGUGAAGUGGAUUCGGAUGGGGAUGGGUUCAUUGACUUGCAAGAAUUUAUCGAGCUUAAUACAAAGGAUAUCGAUUCUAAUGAGGUACUUGAGAGCCUUAAGGAUGCAUUUUCGGUGUUCGAUAUGGAUAAGAAUGGGUCCAUCUCUGCCGAGGAGUUGCUAACCGUUCUCCGAAGCCUAGGAGAGGAUUGCACCUUGGCGGAGUGUCGAAAAAUGAUUAGUGGUGUUGAUUGUGAUGGUGAUGGGAUGAUCAAUUUCGAGGAGUUUAAGAUUAUGAUGGCAAAAGGUUCUCGAUUUGACGUAACGGAUGCUAGGAUUGUGUAA